AUGCUGCUGGGGAGCUGGAAUCUCUCUACUAACUGAUUGUAGGGGAAUGUGUCCUAAUCCUUUCCUGUUCUCUGUUUCAGAGGGUCAUCCUCAGGCUGUCCUGACCCUGCAACCUGCCUGGUCACAGAUAUUCACAGGAGAGACAGUCACCCUGAGCUGUGAGGUGGAGGGGGACUCUGCUGGCUGGAGGUUUAAACAGUACAGAGAUGGACGUGAAGAGGCAGGGUGCAGUGGUCAAUACAGCAGGAGAUAUGGGGACAGCUGCACAAUCAGUAAAGCUCGGCAUUCUCACAGCGGAGUGUACUGGUGUGAGUCUGCAUCAGGACAGGAGCGCAGUAAUGCUGUCAACCUAACUGUGUCAUAUGGAUGGGUGAUCCUGCAGACUCCCUCACAGCCUGUGUUUGAGGGAGACACUCUGACUCUGAGGUGUCUUAUCCGCGAUGGUUAUAAAGCUACCAGGGUUAUAUUUUAUAAAUAUAAUAGAGAGUUACAUUCCUGGGCUGGCAAGGAGCUGAGUUUGGAUCAUGUUUCAAAGAGUGACGAGGGGUCCUACAAGUGCACAGCGGAGUGGAGGUGGGACUCCUCCCCAUACUCUGAUGACUCUACAGAGGUGCGGGUGUCAGUGAGAGAGCUGCCGAAGGCUGUGCUGACCAGCAGUCCUCAAUGGGGGGAGCUGUACACUGGAGAGACUGUCACCCUGAGCUGUGGGGUUGAGGGGGGUUUCACUGGCUUCCAAUAUCUCUGGUACAAGAGCAGUCAAGGAGGCACAGUGCAGAUCAGAGGCACCACUGGAGCCAGAUACACACUCAGCCCUGUCACUCAGUCUCAUAGUGGACAGUACCAGUGUGAGGCACAAAGAGGAGAGCCACCACGUUCCUCUCAGCGCAGUGAUCCUGUUACACUGACUGUGUCUGAGGGACGACCAAAGCCUGCCCUGACCCGGGAGCCUGCAGGAGAGAUAUUUGAAGGAGACACGGUCACCCUGAGCUGUGUGGUUGAGGGGGGCUCUGGUGGCUGGAGAUAUCUCUGGUACAAAGACAGGCAGGGAGCUCCAGUGUACCAGACUGACAGCAGCAGUGGAACUGGAGCCGGAUACACAAUCAGUGCUGCUGCUCUGUCCCACAGUGGAGAGUACCGGUGUGGAGCUGGACGGGGCAGGAACACGUCUUACUCACAAUACAGCGAUCCCAUCUGGGUAAAUGUAACUGCUCUGUUCUCCAGGGUGACUCUGACAGCCUCUCCAGGAGCCACAGUGAAGGAGGGAGAGGCUCUUAACCUGACCUGUGAGACAGCAGUGAACAAAACCCCCCGCCCUGAACUCCACUACACCAUUGUGAGAGACGGGGAGCCUGUGACUAACAGCACUGACUCUGCACUGUACAGUAUAGCCAGCACUGAGAAGAGCCACACUGGGAGCUACACGUGUGCUGUGGAGUCACAGGGAGUGAAGAAGAGCAGCCAGGAGUUACACAUUGAACUACAAACGUCCUGGCACAGCGCUGUUGCUAUUGGCUACAGAGUGAGCUUCACUCUGAUUCAUUUCAUUGUGUUCACUCUGCUGCUCCUUCAAUACUGCAGGAUCCAAGGUUCCCCGUGUCUCGCUGGUGGUAAGUCAAGGAAAACCUCGGAUCAGGAUCAGGAGCAGUCAGCAGAGGGGAUUGAGCUCUCCAGCCGUGUGCAGCACACUGGAGUGGAACUGGAAUAGUGCUGCAUUACCAGAGACUGGAGUGGAACUGGAAUAGUGCUGCAUUACCAGAGACUGGAGUGGAACUGGAAUAGUGCUGCAUUACC